AAAAAUACUAAAAUGACAGGUGACACAAGGUGUUGGUUUAUAAAGUUUGUUUGGUUUGGAAGAAAAACCGAAAAAACAGAGUCCCAGCGAAAGCGCCGGUGAAGCGAGUGAGGAAGAGAAAAAUUUUCUCCGAGAAUUGAUGACACAAUGAAAGUAAAAACUCCAACAUUGAUUCCCAAAAUUCGCUUUCGGAUAUAUUUUUAGAUAUAUUUAUUCAAAUUAAGUUUAAACUUAAAAGAAGAAGAACAAUUAUAUAAUAUAAUAUAAUAAAAUAAAAACUAAAAACAAAUACAGAGUUACUGAAAGAUCUCCUUUCCUUUCUCUCUAAUUUGGAGAGCUCGCUCUCUGUGAUCGCUUCCGAAGCUCCUAUGGCAUUUCUUGUUCGAAUCUGCUGCUGAUGUUCUCCUCCUCUUCAGUGGAAGAAGAUCUGAUGAGACUUUUUCUUCUGGAAUCGGAAACUGUGAAUUCUAUCCUGGGAUUCUCUUGACUAGUGCGAUAAACCAGCAGCAAUGGACGACAAUGGUAGCAGCAAGUUGACCGGAAUAAGGCAGAUUGUUAGGCUUAGAGAACUCCUCCAGAAAUGGCAAUCUGUCACACUUGGCUCAAAGGGUAGUAGCCCAAGUAAUGAUCAAAGUCAUGGAGGAAUUUCACCGGCAAUUAACAAAAGGUUAACAAAUGUUACGAGUUGUGAUUCGGACGAGGAGAGUUGCCAAAGUCCCGAACCACCAGCUGAUGUACCUAAAGGGUAUUUGGCGGUUUAUGUAGGGCCUGAGCUUCGGAGGUUCAUUAUUCCAACUAGCUAUCUAAGCCACUCCCUCUUUAAAGUACUGCUGGAAAAGGCUGAAGAGGAAUUUGGGUUCAAUCAUGGUGGUGGCCUCACUCUUCCAUGCGAGAUUGAGACCUUCAAGUACCUUCUUAAGUGCAUUGAGAGCCAUCCUAAGGGUGACCCUGUUGACACCUCCGCUGGAAGUUCAGUCAUUACAGAGUAAACAACCGCUUAUCUUUGCAGUGGUCCUGAUUUUUCUGGUGUAAAACAGUCUUCUUCUUGUAUGCAGAUAUCUUUUUCUUUUCUUUUUUUCAUUUUUUUUUUUCCCUUUUAAAUGACAAAAAAUAGGAAAACUUUAGUUAGCAAGUUUUCAGGUGUGUUGGCUUUGGUGCUAGAAUGGUCACUUCUCUAUUUUCCCCGGUUGGGUUGAGAGGUUGAGACCUAAUCCAAUAUUUAAUGGAAAAUAUAUAUAUAUGAAAAAAAACAGAAACACAUUUGGAUUUUCAGCA